AUGGAGCCCGGAGAUCCCGACUCUGCCCGCAGAGGCCGAGGAGGCCGGGGAGCGCACUCCAGGCACGUUCAUGUAUUUCCUCGUAUCAUGGGCAUGGCGUCUAUGGUGCCCAACCUGCUGGGACACCCGCGAACAGAACCGCGGGAAACUGGCCAUGAGACGGACUCCAGGACUGGUGUGCCAGGCACCUCGGCAACCGAUCCGUGGGAACCCUUCCUGCCGGUAGACCCUGCCAUUCAUGCCUCGAGGGCCAUUCGACUAGAGCGCCUGCAGCUGCACCUACCCGGCGAAGGUGGCGAUUGGAUUCGGACCGUGAAGUCUUCCUACGGCCAGGGUUUCAUAUGGUGGCUGGCGCCUCUCAGCCCACCCUUUGCGCACCACCGGGCGAUGAUGAACUGGUCGCCAUACCGGAAAGGCAUCUAUCUGGACGAAACCACGCGCCAGUGGCGGCCAUGCCGUCUCGACCGAAACCAGCUGCUUCGCCCGGUCAUCGUGCCCAACAGCGCCAGGGCCUUCGCGCUGCCGUUCUACGACACGUACCUGUCGUUCGCCGCGCGCCUGUCGCGGCACUCGCCGCUCGACGAGGACGCCCACACGGCCGUGCUCAUCUACCUGUGCGGCCGGGUGCGCCUGGGGGAGGACCAGUGCCACUGCUGCAUCAAGCGCCGGAUCGGAACGAGCAUGCCCGGCGACCCGGUGCCCGUGUGCGUCAGCGCGGCGCCCUACUUCCACGGCAUCUGCGCCAACUGCUUCCUGAAGGGCGGGUCGCUGCCCGAGAGGCUGAACCGCUGCAGCGUGUCCGAGGUGCUCACGAUCGACGAGUAG